AUGCAUAUUACUGAAACACAAGUUCGUGGGCGUUGGAACCUAUCAAUUUUGUGUAAUGAAUCAAGACCAAAAAUUACAAGAAAAAAAUCAGAACUUUAUCGUUCAUCGUCAAUAUCAUCAUCAUUUAUUUCCAAAAGUAAUACAAAAAACAAUAAAAUUAAUAAUAGCAAGACAAAGUUUUUUGGUCGUAUCCACGACAACGAUAACGAAAAUUAUAUUAAUGAGCAUCUCAUUGGAAAAAAUUAUUAUAUAAAACCAUUAAAUAUUUAUCAAGAUACUCGUAGUUUAAUUGAUAGUAAAAGAAUUAAUAUAAUAACAUUGGAUGAAAAUAGUGUUAGUGAUAUUGUUGUUAGGAGUGAUGAUUUUGAAAAUAAAGAUUAUGGUUUACACGAAAUUAUUAAAGAAACAUGGUCAAAUAAUUUUUCUGCGCCGGUUGACGAAAAAUUAAUGAAUGGAGGCGCGAGAGUUUUAGAUUGCGGCACAGGUUCUGGAAAGUGGAUUGUAGAUGUUGACCUUUCACUUGAUAUUGUUUUGAAAUUACCUCGAUAUUUUGAAAAAUCAAAAGAAUUUGAUUUGAUCAAUGUAUUGGAAAAACCAAUCGAAAUAGGCUCUUGGGGAGGCGAAAAUGGAGAAAAAGUAGCAGAAUGUUUAAUAUCUACAUGGAUAGCAUUUAAAAGCAUUCUAAAAACACUUUUGAAUGUUGACGACAAAGGCUUCGACCAAUUGAUUAAUCAAUUUUAUAACGAUACUCGAGAUGUAAAUAAUCAUAUGAUUUGUAAAAGUAUACGAAUUUAUGGUAGAAAGAAAUUCACAUAA